CUGGACCGCGCCGUACGCCGCCAGACGCGCUCGCCUCCCCCAGUGUGCUCGCCCAGUGUGUGGUAUGCGGCACGGCACGCGCGUGGACCGUGCCCGCCCCGAAUCCGAGCGCCGCGAACGCCGCGAACGCCGCGAGUGAACUAGUGACAGUGUGAGAGUGUGAAAUGCGUAGUGCCUGACUCGCGAGCCAUGACCAACACGUCCACGGACGCCGCCGCCCCCGGCACGCCCAUGCAGGAGGUGCCCGCGCACGAGGACAUGGACCAGAACGAGGCGCUGACGGACGCCUACGUCGAGGAGUUCGUCCUGGACCACCUGGACGUGGCCGUCAAGAGGGAGAACGCCGCCGCAGCGGCCGCGGCCGCGGCUGCCGCCGGUGACGGGCCGCCCGUGGACGAGGGCCAGCGUGUGCAGCGCCGGCCGCACACCAUCCGCCUGCCGCCCAUCGUGUCCAUGCAGCCGCACCCGGGGCCGCACCCGGGGCCCCACCACCCCCAGCAGCUGCAGCAGUCGCCGCCGCACCAGCUGCUGACGCCGCCCGGGCAGCACCAGGAGCCCAUGUACCACACCAUGGGGCUCAUGCACAUGCCGCCCAUGAUGUCGCAGCACACCGGCGGCGUGCUCGUGUCCGCCAUGAAGAGCACGGCGCUGUACCAGCACGUCGACGCCAGCACCCCGCCGGCAACGCCGAGUCCGGGGCGCGCGUCCCCGGGGCUGCCGCCGUCACAGUCCCCACCAUCCCACUACGCCCUUGACCCGGAGCACCCUCACAUCCAACAGCUCCGAGUGGGGGGCCCGGGGGCUGCGCCGCCGGGGCAGGCGGGGCAGGGACCGGGGCUGAUGGACGAGAUGGCAUGGCUGCCACAUUCGAUGCGUCAGGAGCCGCUCGACUUGCGACCGACUAUCAACGGCGACCCCGGACCACCCGGCAGCAUGCAGCAGGGGCAGGACAUGAGCUGGGGCGUGCCGCACCCGGGGCACGGCGGCCACGGCGGCCACGGCGGCCCGCCCCUGCACCACACGUCCGUGAUCGCCGGCAUGCCGCCCAGCCCCUCCAAGCCCAUCCUGCGCAUGCACCAGCACGACUACCUGCACGCGCCGCCGCACGUCCAGCACGGCUCGCACGUGCACGACGGCGCCAUGUCGCCGCUGCCCAUGGGCCACGGCGUGCCGCACGGCCGGCCCAUGAGCUGCGGGGACUCGGUCAUCUCGCCGCCCAGCAGCCGCACCGGCCCCACCGGCUACCCGGGGCCCAUGUCGUCCUCGGGCGACGACAUCAUCUCGGACGACGCCCUCAUGUCGCUGACGGUGCGCGAGCUCAACAAGCGCCUGCACGGCUUCCCCCGCGAGGAGGUGGUGCGGCUCAAGCAGAAGCGGCGGACCCUCAAGAACCGCGGCUACGCGCAGAACUGCCGCUCCAAGCGGAUGCUGCAGCGGCACGAGCUGGAGAACACCAACCGCCACCUGCAGGGCACCGUGCGCCGCCUCGAGAUGGAGCUGAGCAAGGUGACGCAGGAGCGCGACCGGUACCGCCGGCAGCUGGAGGGCGCCAGCCCCGAGUACUACCACCAAUGACGGCAGCUGCGCGCGUCCGCCUGGAGCUGAGGCGGCCGCGGACCGCGCCGGAGCCUGGAGCACGGCCUGCACGCCCUGCACGCCCUGCACGGCCACGAACUGAACUCUCAAGUGUCUGUGCCCGCGGUAGCGUAAGUCUCGUCUGUCUGGAUCAGAAGUUAUCAAAUUGCUCUAUUUUUUUGUAAUGGUGUCGGCGCGGCGCGGACGCUGCAAUGUAUACUUUACGGUUAAGUGAUAUGUGGCUUAAAACAGGCUCCUUGUUUUCAAGUGCAUUUCGUGAUAUCUCAGUUCGGCUGUUUAUGUGAGUCCCUUGCUGCGCAGUGCUGCGCUACGCACAGCCUCAGGAUGGGCGUGUCGUGAUACUGGCCCUGAUGAGGAAUCUAGAACGACAAGCACAAGUAUUAACGGGGGCGGUGAUGUAUUUCCAAGGGGCGCGGCGCGAUGUUGCUGCUCGACUUCGUUGGAACCUUCGAGUUCCUUCACGAGUCCCUGGGUAGCCUCAGAUGCCAUGUCAGAGGAUGACAAUAUAAUUGAAUAUAGUACAACAUAUCGAACAACUUAUCGACUUUUUGAACACUGCUGUGUGUCAAAGUCCGUUUAAGUCAAUCGACUUGAUCUCUUAGAUGGAGAAAAACUCAUCUUCCACUUUGGCCUUUACUUUGUCGUUUGUUCUGUGCUAAUCAGAGACGUUGUCAUAUCGGGAAGAACAAGUCACCUUUGGUAGAAAUAAUUUUUUUCAAUUUGUUUUUUUUUGUUUAUUUCAAAUUUUAUUUAGAGUUCAUCAAUCCCGUUCCAAUAAUUUUAUGUUAUGUACAAAUUAAGAUAAGAAAAGUGAUGGUUAGGAGAGUAAUUGAUGUUUAAUUUAAAUGAAAUUCCUCACUUUCGUGGAGCAGAUUGUUGACUGAUAAUUUUAAAGAGGAAAAAACGUAAAAAUGAACGUUUGUUGUUUAAGUAGAUGACUUUUCCAUCGCUGCUCUGCGUCAUUUCCUUGUCUGAGGCGUUGGAAGCCUCGGGAACACACGUGGCUCAGAUCUAUAUCUACUCUGUGAGACCCCAAUAUCAAUAAAAAUUACAAAACUAGUGAAGGGGGCAGCAUUUGUUUUAAUGGUACAAAGUGAUUCAUUGUUCAAACUUUUCAAUUUAUUUUUCGUGGCAAAAUAUUUUUAGAUCUGCCCCAGAAAUCUGGUUUUCCCUUCAUUUAACAUGUUUUUUCCUGAAACCUUUUGUGAAAGAUACUUAAUCGCCCAUUAAAUAUAUCAGCAACUAGAUGGUGUCCCCUUUCGAUAUUAAAGAAACAUUCCUAUUUCGAUCAUUUUUUAUCACUUUUCUAGUCCAAAUGUAGUGUGUAAAUCGAGUUUUCUAAAACUCAAUCCUCCAGGUUGUAAUUCAAAAGAAUGAUACUACAUAGUUCGAAGCUGUAUCGGUGAAUCUGGGCUUAUCUUGUUCUGUCAUGUCGUUGAAUUUAUGUAAAAGUAUACGAUUUUUGUUUUGAAUGUUGUAAAUCUUUGUUUUUGUUUAUCUUUACCUCUCCACUCGCGCAGCCCUUUUUCGUUUUGUAUUAUUAAGAUUUUAAGUUAAAGUGAAAACAAUGCCUUAGUUGUGAUACUCUUUAUUUUUUAAAAAAUCUGUGGGAUAUUACCUGUGGAGAGUGUGACAUUUUAAGUUUGUGAGUGCUGGAGAGUGUCUGUGAUUCUGUACAUAACUCUUGACGUCAGGUUGACUUCUUUUAUAUCGUUAUUUGUUACGCCUCAUGUUUUAUUGUGCUCUGUAAUAUCAGACGCUCAUACAAGUUAGUGUUUUGUACAAAAUAAAUAAACUUCCAAAUAGCAUCAAAAUUCUUGUGAAGUCAACGAAAAGACCGUUCUUGAAUCAAUUUUUGAGACUCUGUUUUUGUGUUGAAUCAUUGUUAGAUUUCUACCAGUUGCGCUGAAGUCAAUAAAUGAAAUUUUAUGAUCGCCGAA